AUGGAUAUCUACAACUUUGAUAAGACUGGGUUUAUAAUAGGUGUUAUCUUAAAAGGUGCGCCGGUCGCCAUGGUUGGAGGAGGGUUUAACGCCUUCAACCAGCCAGAGGGCGACGCUGGUAUAACGCCCUCACCAGGAUCCCCGGUUCUUGGGUCCGAG